CUUGAUAUUGUGAAUGCGCGUAAAUGUAUCUUAUCGUUACAACCCUCAACGGAAAAUAACAUACUCAUCAGAUGAAGAUGCCGGAAUGGAUUAAGAUUAAGGAAGGGCACCUAUUUUAGCAACAAAUUCGUUUAAAAACAUAAAAUGCUGUUGGAAUCGUUUACCGAAACGGAGCUUGACCUUUUGGUCCUCGCGGAACCUUUAGCCUGUGUUAUGCACGCGUACACCAAAUUCCCAUCAUACAUCCACCUCCAAACCGCCAUUGUAUACGGUGGUGGACCUAUCGGCGCCUUGCACCUCAUCGAGAUUGGUCGUCGCUUCCCGAAGGCCCAACGUUACGUUAUCGAGCCCAACAAACAGCGACGUCAACUUCUGCGCCGAAUAUUCCCGGAAAUUGCUGUCUUAUCAUUCCGUCCCGAAAAUCUCCAAGGUGAUCUGACUGUUGUGGCGACGAGUGCGCCACAAGCCAGCGUGGACGCUGUAAUUAAGGCUUCAGACGCUGGGUUCGUUGUCCUGUUCUCCGGGAUUAAUCAUAAAACGAAAGAAGAAUUACCGCUGCUGGAAGGUAUUGACCUGGAAGCUGUACAUCGGAAUGAGGAAGUGAGAGUAACCGACAGAGCGAUUCGGCUUGUUGGAUCGUCCGGAUACCACGAAUCUGAUAUCGAAAAUUCGGUACAGGCUCUCUUGAAAUAUCCACAUCUUUAUUCACGUGUGCAGACCGGAAUUGUCGAUGCUCUCGACUCCAAGAAGAACAACCAGUACGUUAUCGAAAGUAUGCUAAAUACACCGGAAGUUUACGAAAAGCACCUGAAGUUUGUGUUCCGUGUUCCAAAGCAAGAAAAAAAUUUGGCGGUGUUCCCCAACGAUGACCUUAGCAAAGCAACGGUUCGAGAACUGGUUUUGGGAGACCUCUCGAGCGGAAUGGUUCGCGUACGGAUACUGCGUGCCUGUAUCUGCCAGACCGAUCGCCGCGUAUUAAGCGGGACCAAAGCCUGCUGCGGGUUUAACCGAGGAACAGUUCUCGGUCACGAAGGCAUUGGCGUGGUUGAGCAGGUUGGAAACCAGCAGCAGAGCGACCUAAUUGGACGAGCGGUGGUGGUGUUGCCUCAUCAUUAUGUAGAGGAUCCGCUGGUUGAUCGUGGUUUAGGAUUUUUAUCCAAGAAAUUGAAACAUCUGGGCAUUCACCAGAAUGGCGUCUUCGCCACGAGGAUCGAUGUGCCGGAUACCUGUGUACAUGUCAUUGAGCGGGAUGUGGAACCGAUAAAGAUCCAGAGGAAAGUACUGACGUCAGUUGGUUCUAACAGCAUCGAGAUAACCGAAAAAUCACGCCAGCUGGUCCGACGCGUAAAUAGCAAUUUCGGAUAAGGUUAUAGGGUAACGUUUUGUUGCGCUGAUUCGUGUGCCAAAUAUAAUUAUUUUAUCAAGAAUUCAGGAGCACUCGGCCACAAAAAUUCUGUGAAUUUAACCUGUAGUACAUUGCUUAAUAAUCGAAGAUUUCAUUGUUGUAUAUAUUGAUAAAUAAUAUUAUUUGUGCUGGAACAUUCGUUAAAGUUUAUUGUCUUUCAAUGUUAUUUCGUCCUUAAAUUACCUUUCUGCAUGGCAAAAUGUUCGACAUGUGUGCCAUGUAUAAGUGUCAUAGGCUGUGUAUGUAAUCGCAUGAGUUGAGGAAAUAAAA